CUGAAAUAUAUCAAAGUAUAUUAAAGUUAAAGAGUUUAGAGAACACUGUUUGGUUAGCUGCCUCAAAGGCAGAUGACUCUCAUUAUCACAAGAUCAGGUGAGAUUUCAGAUCAAGGAAAAUCACUGGGGUUAUCUGUGAAGAGGCAGAAAAGCAUAGACGUGGUGGACCUUAAAGCCAUUUUGAAAAGAUUGGUGGACUGUGGUUUGUCAGAGAUCAGCUGUGAUUAUCUGGCAGCAGCGCUGAAGUCCAACCCCUCGUAUCCCAGAGUGCUGGACCUGAGUGGACACUACAACAACCUGCAGGAUUCAGGAGUGAAGCAGCUGUGUGUUCUUCUGGAGAAUCCACGCUGUCGAUUUGAAACUCUGAGACUGAGUCACUGUGACCUGUCAGAGAGAAGCUGUGAAGCUCUGUCCUCAGGUCUCAGCUCUCAGACCUCUAAUCUGAGACAGCUGGACCUGAGUAACAUUAACCUGAAGGAUUCAGGUGUGAAGCUUCUGUCUGAAGGACUGAAGAGUCUACACUGUAUACUGGAAACUCUCAGGCUGUCAGGCUGUCUGAUCACAGAGGAAGGCUGUACUUCUCUGGCCUCAGCUCUGAGCUCCAACCACUCCCAGCUGAAAGAUCACAGUGACAGUCAGUGA